AUGGGAAAGAAGCAAACAAGAAAGACUAACAACAACAAAAGAAUUGAUGAUGCCAAGAAGCCCUCCUCAAAAAACCCAAAUCGUUCUAUAACACGACGAGCAAAAAGCAAGGCUAUUCCUCCACUUCCAGAAGAUUUGAUCUUAGAGAUACUUUCAAGACUCCCCGUGAAGUCCCUUUUCAGAUUCCGAUCCGCCUGCAAAAGAUGCCUCACCAUCAUCGACAGCCCUUCCUUGGUGGACCUGCAAUUGAACCAAUCUCAAACUCGGCCCUGUGGUCCCCAAAUCCUUGUGUCUUUCUCGGGUCCUGACUCGAAGCAUUACUUCUAUUCUGCAAGUCUUGAAGGAGGGCCAGCGGUCCGCCUUCUGUCGCUGCCCGGCGGCUGGGAGAGAUAUGUUUCAGAAUCCCUUAACGGAUUAGUAUGUUUCUACAAUGGCAGCGAUGUCUAUGUCAUUAACCCUAGCACUCGGAAAUUCAAACGCCUACCGGCAAGUCAUUCUAAUUUAUGCUCUAGUUAUUCUUUUGGAUUUGAUCCUUCAAACAAUGAGUACAAAGUGUUACACAUAACCUUUACGAGCACCAAGAGGUUAUCUGACAUGCAAUUUGAAGUGUUCACAAUAAAGGUCGGUUCAAAGAAACAUAAAAAAGUGUUCACCUCUCAUGCUAAUAAUAAGUCAUGGAGAAAAAUCACCCACGUCCCACCAUGCCCUUAUAUUUUCAAAGGACAAGGUGUUUGUGUUGAUGGCGCGUUAUAUUGGAUUUGCGUGAAGGCUCAAGUUCUGGUGGUUUUCGAUGUCGGUAGUGAAAAGUUCCGAUCGUUGCGACUUCCUGAUGGUAUCAAUAGGAGGUAUAAUUUGAAUAAAAUUGGAGGGCGUUUGGCUUUAUUGAAAGAUAGAGAUUGUGAUUGCAUUGCCAUAGAAAGAUGGGUAUUAGAGGAUUGUGAUAAGUGGGUUCGAUUGUUGUGGCUCCAAAAAAGUAUGAAAUAUUUUUCACCUUCGUGUCAAAUUCUAGUCCUGUGA